GUCUGCGGGGCGGUCAUUGCGAGCGGGCUCAUGUCGGUUCCCCAGCCAGGAUUCUGGUGACCGGCGUUGACACGCAGUGACUGACGGGCUUGAUCGCGGGGCGUCGCAGCUCUCGACCAGUGGUGCCCGACCCGGGAGCCUCUGAGUAGAUGGCGGCAGCUGCGCCGAACAGCCCAGCCCAGGUUAGUGUCACUUUUGAAGAUGUGGCUGUGUAUUUCUCUUGGGAGGAGUGGGAUCUUCUUGAUGAGGCCCAGAGGCACCUGUACCUUGAGGUGAUGCUGGAGAACUUGGCACUAAUGUCUUCUCUGGGUUGUUCAUGUGGAGUGGAUGAUGAGGUGGCACCUUCUGAGUUGGGUCUUUAUGUGGACUUGUCACGGGUCAUGACUCUAAAAGAAGGCUUAUCUUCCCAGAAUGCCUACACUUAUGAAAUUUGUGGCCUGGUUUUGGGAGAGAUGCUGUGUUUGGCUCAGCACCAUGAAACACACUGUCGGAAAAAACCAUACAGCUGUGGGAAACAAUUCUACUUCAUGAAUAAUCUUCGCCAGCACCAAAGGCAGCACCUUAAAGAGGCAUCCUUUGGAAGCUUUGUGGACAGACACUCAUUUAUAAAGAGCUGCAUGGUCCAUGUGUCAGGGAGACCUUUUACUUGCAAAGGAGUUGAGAAGAGCUUCCUGGCCCGCAUGAGAUUUCCCUGUCCACAAGCCAUUCACACAGGAAAGAAACCAAGUAACUACCAGAUGGCCUUUCACAGUGGGAAAAGUCAUCAUAACUCAGGAAAAUGCAAUAAAACCUUCAGUGACACAAACACAUUGGUUCAGGACCAGGGAGUCCUAACCAGGAAAAGGCUUUUUGAGUGCAACAAGUGUGGGAAAAUCUGUACACUAAGAAGAAAUCUAAUUCAGCACCAGAGAAUCCACAGUGAAGACAGGCCUUAUAAAUGCAGUGAGUGUGGAAAAUUCUUUACCUACUAUUGCCGCUUCAUUAUCCAUCAGAGAAUUCACACUGGAGAAAGGCCUCAUGAGUGUAAUGAAUGUGGGAAAUCCUUCCGUCAGAUGUACAGCCUCAACAAACAUAAGAAAGUUCAUACUGGAGAAAGGCCUUAUGAGUGUGGUGAAUGUGGGAAAUUGUUUAGCCAAAGAUCCAACCUCAUUCUACAUCAGACUGUUCACACUGGAGAAAAGCCUUAUGAGUGUGAUGAAUGUGGGAAAUCCUUCCGUCAGAUAGACAGCCUCAGAAAACAUAGGAAAGUUCACACUGGAGAAAGGCCUUAUGAGUGUGGGGAAUGUGGGAAAGCAUUUAGCCGAAGAUCCAACCUCGCUGUACAUCAGACUGUUCACACUGGAGAAAAGCCUUACAAAUGCAGUGAAUGUGGGAAAUCUUUUAGCUGGAACCUCAGCCUCGUACACCAUCAGAGGGUACACACUGGAGAAAGGCCUCAUGAGUGCAGUGAGUGUGGGAAAUCCUUUAUCCAAAGAUCCAACCUCCUUCACCACCAAAGACUUCACACUGGAGAGAGGCCUUAUAAGUGUACUGAGUGUGGGAAGUCUUUUAAGGACAGGUCCAGCUUCAGUUCACAUUGGAAAGUCCACACAGGGGAAAGGCCUUAUGUGUGUGGAGAAUGUGGGAAAACUUUUAGCCGUAGCUCCAGCCUUAGGAAGCAUGAGAGAGUUCACAGUGAAGAUAGGCCUUUUAAGUGCAAAGAAUGUGAAAAAUCCUUUAGGUAUAAAUAUAACCUCUUUAAACACAUAAGAGUUCACACCAGAGAAAGGCCUUAUGAGUGCAGUGAAUGUGGGAAGUCAUUUAGCCAAACUUCUGACCUCAUUCAGCACCAGCAAAUUCAUACUGGAAAAGGACCUUACCAGUGUAGUGAAUGUGGGAAAUCCUUCAGCUCCAAAUCUGUUCUCACUAAACACCAAAGAAUUCACACUAGAGAAAGACCUUAACUGUUUAUGGAACACUCAUUCCUUUUACUGUCGUUACUCUGGAGCAAAGCAUGUAAGAGCUGUCAAUCUCAAUUGAGCCCUCAAGCUGUGAUGACGUCAUGGGGAGAAUUCUUUUUACUUCCAUUCCAUAAAGCUUAAAGCAGCUGUGUUUAACUUUCUAACUUGUGCAGAGGUCUUGCCAUUUGUCAUGUUUUGAGGAAGAGAACAUAGGACUUCCACACUUGCAGUCUAUAGUGCAGCAAUCACCAUUCCAGCUUGACAGAGGAACUGACCUAUACUUCCCUUUUACUGGAUGAAGUGAUGAUGGAUCUGAGCUUUCAUUCCUGUUCUGCAAGUUAGGGCUUGAACUUGAUCUAGAUAAUACUGAAGACCCACUUAAGUGUGUUUGGGCAGCUUGUCAGGAAGAGCUCUUCUGACUGGAUUUCUUUCCAGCCUCUUGAGUCACCAACCUGGAAACUACCUGCUUAUAUUAUUUUGAUUUUUGUAAUAAUAAAAUCUUCAUUUAAGUUA